AUGCUACUACGAUCGAAUAGACUUUCAAGAUGUCUAAGUUAUUCAAAUAGAUUGUCAACUUCAAGUUUAUCAAGGUUACAAACUGUCAGUAACCUGAAAGGGAAAUCCGAACUAUUAUAUAAAUUAAGAACAGUGUAUACUUCGAAUAAUAUUAAUUUUCUUGAAGAAUUCAUAGAUAACUAUACCCCGCAGUUUAAGGAUUUACUUGAAAGAUUGCAUGUCAAAGAAGUAUCAAAAUAUAUAAAUCAAAAUAUCGUUGAUUUGAUUCUACGUGGAGAACGUCAAAAAGUGGAGGCUAUUGAAGGGCUCCUAGCAUUUCCAACAAACCAAAAGGAUUUUAUCGACAGGUUGAUACGUGAAUUAGUUGGUAAAAAUGAAAUACUGACAUCUUUUGAAUGUAUUGUUAAAUUAUUACAAAAUGGAGUGAUUAUUCGUUAUGAUACCAUUGUGAUGUUGUUAGACUCUUUGAAAUACGUUUCUGAAGCUGAUUUUGCCAAGGUGAGUUAUGCAACAUUGCAAUUGUAUAAUCAUUAUAAGGAAUUAAAAGUGGAUGAAUUGACAAAAAUCUUGACGUUUUUAACUGAUUCUAUACAUGGGAAUUAUUUUGCCAAUUAUGUUUAUAACGACUUGAAGGCAACUGGAAAAUUUAAGGAAUUCACACCACAGACAUACAAUGACGCUGUUUAUCGUUUGCUCAAUGUGAAUCUCAAAAAUAUGAAUCCUUAUAAAUGCCUAGAGAUCUGGAAUGACAACAAGGAUAACCUAAAUCCAAGUGAGAAUGUUUCGUUACUACUAAGAAUUGUCAGAUUAUGCAAUGAGAAUGGGCUAGAUGGACAAGAGAUUCUAGCAUAUUUACCAUCAGAGCAAAUCCAGGUGUUAAAUUAUAAGCUUGAAUAUUAUGGUCAGUGUUUAGAUCGUAAGCCGCAGUUUCAAGAAACCGUUAAACAAAUUAGUAAAUUAGAAAGAUCGACAAUGACAUCGUUGUUGUCAUCAUUUCUCAGCUACGGAGAAGAAGAAAAUUCAGAAAAAGUCAUUCAAACUAUUUUCAAAUCUUCUUCUGGUAUCAACAAAUAUGAAGUUGAUUUAAUUGUACAGAAAUUGUUGAAACAAAAGAAAUUUGAAGAAGCUAUGAGAAUGGUUGAGAAUAUGUCUUGGUACGAUUCACAGUUGGCAUAUGUCAGUCUAUUUAAGUAUGUCCUAGAAAACCAGUGUCAGAUGAAUGGCCAGGUAGAUGUAUUUUGGACUGAUUUGAGAGAUAGAUUGAAAGAUAUUCAAACUGAUGAGAUAGCCAAGCUGCUCACAAUUGAAAUGCUCCGUCAUAUUACAAAGAAAGAUCCUCGAGAUGGAAUUAGAAAUUAUGUGAAAUUUGUCGAGUUUUCAAAUAAUUCUACGGCAUCUGACAAUUUAUACUCGGAUUUGAAGCUAAAGAACUAUGGAAUACCUAAUUGGUUUAAACGUUAUAUAAGUUUAAAUGACAAAACUACAAUGCUUAAAACAUGCCGUGUGAUGGUUCCUUAUAUUUUACAAUGGAGAAACUAUUGGACAACAAUAUGGAUUUUUAAUGAGUUUAGAAAAUUAGGAUGGGAUCUUCCGAGUAUAUUCAAACUUUUAAAAUCUUCAGAUAGCAAGAACUACCUUUCAGGAAUUCUCAAACCUAAAGUCAUCAAGUCAAUCUCUAACUUUUUGUAA